ACAUUAAUUCACUAAAGAAGAAAAAGAGAAAUCCCAGACUCUCUCUAAACAAAUUAUAGGUUUCUGUCAAAUAUUCUGUUGUUUUUUUUUCUUUUGACAGAUGGGGAAGAUUUUGGCCAUCGUCAAGCUUGAAGCUUGUGGAAUCAUCUAUGAACCAAAGCUAUAAAGAAGCUUUAUUCAUUCUUUGCUUCGUUGUUUUCUAGUUUUUGUUAAAGAUAAAAUAAAAUAAAAAACUGUUGAUGGGGAGGGGUUUGAGGAGGAUGAUAGCAGGGAAUUUGGAUCCGGAAAGAAAAAGAAGCGGUGGUUUGAGAACGAAGCAGGCUGGUCGAGGCUCUUGCAGAGGAAGUUAGCUUUAUUUCUUAUGAAUGUGGGAGUAUUAUUAUUAUAAAGAUCGCUUUUUCAGUCGUUUUUGUUGGCUGCGUUGCCUAUAAUAUCCGCAUAUUUUGAGAAGAAGGAAAAGGGAUAAGAGCUAAUGGGUGGUUUGUUGAAAGAAGCUUUGAAGUCAGUUUUUGGGGUGACUCACUGGUCUUAUGCUGUUUUUUGGAAGAUCGGCUGCCAUAAUACUAAGUUGCUGAUCUGGGAGGAAUGUUACUAUGAAUCUGCACUGUCUGGACUUCAGAACCCGGAACCGCCGUUUGUAGAGCCGGACAGAGGCUGUGGUUCGGGCAAUCCCUCGCAGCCUGGUAGCCAACCAUGGGACAAAGUUGGUUUGCUGAUUAACAAAAUGAUGAAUAAUCGCAUUGUGAUCGUCGGCCAAGGGUUAGUUGGCCGAGCUGCGUUUACCGGAAAUCAUCAGUGGAUUAAUGCAAACAAUUAUGUCAUAGAUGCUCAACCUCCACAGGUUCUAAAUGAGGUGCAUCUCCAAUUUUCGGCAGGGAUGCAGACCGUUGCGGUUAUUCCGGUUUUUCCUCAUGGUGUUCUUCAGCUUGGAUCUUCCACAACUAUUAUGGAGAAUAUGGGAUUUGUGAACGUUGUGAAGAGCUUAAUUCUGUGUUUGGGGUCCAUCCCUGGAGCUCUUCUCUCCAACAGUGGAACAAAUGAUUGUGUUGAGCAUACUGGGAUUCCCAUUUCUUUAGAAAACUCUGUUUCAAUGGAUUCAGCAGGAAUUUACAGGUCUACGAAUUCCGUAAUUUCGGUUGCUGAAGGCUGCAACCAACAAAGAAAUUCAUCUCAAGCUUCAGGGGCUACCGGUCAAUCAUCGUCCCUGACGAAACAGAUUCAAGAAAACCCGACUUUGUGGACGAACCCUCAAGUUGCUUUUUGCAACUCACAGUCCGAGUUCAAUUGUCUGCCUAGAAUUGGUCAAUCAGUUGUCAGUCAUAGUGGCAUAAAAUCAAUGGAGCAACUGGUUGUGCCAGAUGCUGGUCUGCAAAAUCAUGUUAUCAACAGCGAUCUGGAGUCCCGGAUGGAGCAUUACGAGAUCAUGGAACAGAUCGGCCGUGGCGCUUUCGGCGCUGCCAUUCUCGUUCGCCACAAAACCGAGAAUAAGAAGUAUGUAUUGAAGAAGAUCAGAUUGGCGCGGCAAACGGAGCGUUGCAGGACAUCGGCACAUCAAGAAAUGGCACUUAUAGCGCGAGUUCAUCAUCCUUACAUUGUUGAGUUUAAGGAAGCUUGGGUUGAGAAAGGUUGCUAUGUUUGCAUUGUUACUAGAUACUGUGAAAGUGGAGAUAUGGCUGAAUUGAUGAAAAAGUCAAAUGGGAUCUAUUUCACCGAGGAGAAACUCUGCAAGUGGUUUGCACAGCUUCUUCUGGCUGUUGAAUAUCUGCAUUCCAAUUUUGUUCUGCACCGUGACAUAAAGUGUUCCAAUAUUUUUCUUACCAAAGAUCAAGAUGUCCGCCUUGGGGAUUUCGGACUUGCCAAAACUCUGAAGGCAGAUGAUUUGGCUUCCUCGGUGGUUGGAACUCCCUAUUACAUGUGUCCUGAACUGUUUGCUGAUAUUCCAUAUGGUUUCAAGUCUGAUAUCUGGUCUCUGGGGUGCUGUAUGUAUGAGAUGGCUGCUCAUCGCCCUGCUUUUAAAGCUUUUGACAUGGCGGGGUUGAUAAGCAAGAUAAAUCGUUCCUCUAUAGGCCCUUUGCCUUCUUGUUACUCUCCAUCCUUGAAAACACUUAUCAAGGGCAUGCUAAGAAAGAAUCCAGAGCAUCGACCAAGUGCAUCAGAACUUUUGAAGCACCCUUAUUUGCAGCCAUAUGUUGAUCAGUAUCGUCCGUGCUUCAACAACACUUCAACAAAUUGCUCCUUGAAUACACAUAUUUCCCCUGGCCGAGAAUCUCGAGGUAAUAGGAAAAAUAUGGCUGAAAGUCAGAAUAGUGACACAGAUUCAAUUUCUAAUGACGAAGGAAGCACGGAGCAGGACCUGCCAAGUGAAGAAGAGAAUGACCCCAUUGUUUGCUCAAGCAAAGUUGAUGAAAACGGAAUAAUGAAACCUCCUUUUGUGGAACACGGAUCAAACGUUCUAACAAAACAGCCAAAAAUCAUCAAAAGUAUAAUGACGGCUUUGAAAGAAGGGAAACUAAGAGAAAAUGGUUCCCCAAUGAGAGGCAGCCGUACAAAAGCUGCUCGUGGAUUGACUCAAAGAAGUAACGUAGAAGCAUCGCCCAAAGUUCUCAAACCCCCUGCUCCCACUCUGGGUUCAAAGUCUAAGCCAGAUACACCAACUUUGGCUUCAGCCAAAUCACCAUCUGAUUCUGCAAAAAGGAAACCGGGAUCACACCAUUUGAACCACCAGUUACCUUUAAUUGAAUCCUCCCCAAAGGCCAAACCUCAACAUGAGGGGAUUCCUCAUCCUUCACCUGGCAAACAUGUUGCUGAAGAUGUACUACCUUCCAAGCAAAUACAAAGAACUCCUUCCAAUGUUGCAAGACGAUCAUCUAUUACUGGAAGAAUGAAGCAUGCUGAAAGUGACGUUUCAAAUGUAGCAAGUAACGUACCAGAGUUAGGAUCUCCCGAGAUAAACCAGGAGCGUGAGAUUGUUACUCGUGAACUGCCCAAUGAUUGCCUUAGAAAUGCGUCUAGGAUGGUAAAACCUGAGAUAGCUCUAACGACAGGUACCAAGGAGGUGCAAACAGAUAGCAGCAAUUCUGCUUCAUCUUCAGUCUCAAUUAAACCAUUUGAGAUGUGUGAUGAUGCAACAACCGCUUUCAUCGACAUGACAGAACAGAAGCAUGAUCGUGAGAAAACCACCCACUCAAAGAGCUUGGAAUCACAUCUACCAUACAGCUUACCUGCUCUGAAAUCAGACACAUCUGAGGUUCUUUUGAGAGAAAAUCACGGGUAUGGUCAUAAAUCAAUCACGUGUUCAAUUGAAGAGUCUGAUCCAGCCAAGGAUCUUCAUUUUACUUCGGUUGAUGCAAAAAGGAGUCUGAGUGCCUGUAUGGACCUUCCAGGACUGGUUUCUGAAGAAACAUUUGUUGAUAAAGAUGAUUCCGCUGUAAGCUGGACAUUUAGUAGGGAGGAUGCUCCAUUAGUCCAUACAAGUAGCAUAGAUGAUGCUCCUUCAAGCGAAAUUAACUAUAUGGAUGAUAUCCAUACAAGUGAUCCUAGUUGUAGGGAUAACUUCCCAAUAAGGAGGUCGAGUAGCAGUGGUGACGUCCCUAUUAGAAUGUUAAGCAGCUCGGAUGGUGCCCCCAUAAGAAGCUCUAGUGGCAGGGACGAUGCCGUUAUUAGCAGGACAAGUAGCAGGGAUACCCCUAUAAGUGAACCAACAACCGGUGAAGAUUGCCCUGUACUCAGGCCUAGUAUUAAGGAUGAAGCAUUGGCAAAAAGACCGAGUAGCAGAGUUGAUAUGAUGCUCCAUUCAAAGCUUUCUUCUGCAUCUGGCAGUGAUGAUAAGUUCACUGUAACGGAACUUUGCUCGUCAGUUGCAGGAAAUAUGCCUUGCCUUGCCACACCAAUUUUUUCUGGUCAGAACAAUUCAUUGCCAGACAAAAAAACAAAUGACCCUAGUCGUACAAUUGAAAAACCUGCAGUGACCUCUUAUCCUCCUGUUUCUGAUGACGUUAUACAUGUGGGUGUGGAUGUUGGGAAUUUCAUAAAUGUUGUGAGGGAUGAAUUGGACAUGAGAAACAUGACUAGUCCAAUAAACCUUAUGCCAUCAAGUUGCUCUGAAGCUUUAAGUUCAAAAUCAAACGCUUCGGAUUAUGGUGGUUCUAAGGAAACAGAUGUUAGAAACUCCAUUUCCUCAUGUCCAAGAUCUGAUUCAGCACCGGAAAAAGAAACACUGGAUGUGAAGUCUGAUAGGCAAAGGGCAGAGGCACUUGAAGGACUUUUAGAAUUGUCUGCAGAGUUAUUGCAACAGAAGAGAUUGGAAGAGCUUUCAGUUGUUUUGAAGCCUUUUGGGAAAGACUUGGUGUCCCCUAGGGAGACAGCUAUUUGGUUAGCCAAGAGUAUGAAAGGAAUGAUGCUUGAGGAAAUGUCCACGGAAUUCAUGAAUCCAUUAUUUCUGGGGUAA